AUGGCCUGCGGCUGGCACAGGGGUGCUUGCAGCCACAAGGCCCACGGGGAGAAAGGCUGCUAUUCCCUGUCAGUGCAGUGUGGCAAGUGCUCUGCCUGGGCCUCAGUGACUCACUGUCACAUCCACCGGCUGGAUAAUGGGUGGCUUUACAUCUCAUCCUGGCUCACCUUCCCCAGCCUGCACAACUUGGUGGACCAUUACUCUGAGUUCAGCGAGGGGCUCUGCUGCCGUGUCUGCGAGCCCUGCCCCAUGGAAGGGUCAAGAGCGGCCCCAGCCCCCACAGCACUCAGUGUCCUCAGGAAGCCAUCACUCCACUGGAACAAGACUGAGAGCUCCCUCCUGUUCUUGGAGACCACAUCCCCAUCGGACGGGUCUCCCAUCAGCUCUUACCUGAUUCUCUCAGAGACUGACACCCCUGAGCCAGACCCCACAGGAAAGGUGGUUAUAGAUGAGUAA